AUGGGGUCCCGCCGUGCAUAUCCCACCGCCGACCUCUACGACGAACGAGAACGCGAUUUCUAUGGCGGCGGUCGACGUAGCCAGAGAGCCUACGAAGAGCUUGAUGCUGAUAUUGGACGUCCGCGCUCCGAGUACGGCUCGCGUCGCCCCGGCCCGCAGCCUGACUUCCUCCGCGAGGACUAUGGCCGCACCUCCGCCGGCCCGCUGGUCGUGUCCGACCGUCGCACCGUGAGAGAGGAUGACUGGAGCCCGCCUCCGAUGAAGCCGCGCAAGGACAUCGAGCGCGACGAGCUCAUAAUCCGCGACAGGAAAUCGGAGCGACCUCCGCCCAGCCGCUCCAGCCAGGCAGACCGUGACGACAUGCUCUACCGCCGCGGUGAUCCUCCCCCACCUAAAUCUCGUGCUGUCGAGCGUGAAGAGAUUGUGUUCAGGCAUGAGGAUCGCUCCCCGCCCAGGCCGAAGCCGCGCGAGCGCGAGCGUGAAGAGAUCAUAUUCAGGCACGAAGAGCGUUCGCCUCCACCGGCGAGGCCGCGGCCGCGUGAGGUAGAGCGAGAGGAGAUCGUCUUCCGUCGCGGUGAGGGUGCACGUUCCAGGCCGCCUCCCAGCGAAGUAGAUCGUGAGGAAAUCAGGAUAAGGCGAAAUGAAGGUCCCCCGUCUCAUCGGCCUCGCGACGUUGAGAGAGAGGAGGUCAGCAUCCGGAGGACCGAAUCCGAAGGGCCACCCCGUCACAGGUCGCACUCCCACAAGGGCGACCUGAUAGCGCGCGAAAAGGAAGAGUUCGUGAUCAGGAGACGACCGCCUCCUCCUCCCUCACCCCCGCCGCAGGAGACGAAGCAAGAAAUCAUCAUCCGGCGGACGGAAAGGUCUCCAAGUCCCGAGCUGCCCCCUUCUCCUCCUCCCCCUCCCCCGCCGCCGGAGCCAAUUGUUCGACCACCGAUCGUUCAGGAAAUCAUAACACAUCACCGCCACAUCGAUCACGGUGUUGAACGGGCACGCUCGCCUACUCCUCCCCCUCCGCCGCCGUCCCCGCCCAAGGACGAGACUCUUGAAAUCUCCAUUCGCAACCGACGCGGAGAGAACGGAAGAUUUGAGGAAGAAAACAUCACCUUCGAGCGCGACGUGCGAGACCGUAAGGCGCCAGCCGAUGACUUUCAGGUCAGCCGACGCCGCUCCGUCAGCUUGCCUCGCAGAAAGCAUGCAGAUGACUGGGAUAUUGACGGCGAAGCCGAUUACUACAACCGCAAAGCCAUGGAGCGCGCCUACGUGGGUGAAGCCCACAACGGUGCGACUAAGGAUUGGGCCAUCGUCGAUGUUCCCCCGGGUACAAACCGGGUUCGCAUGGAAGGCGUUGGUGGCGGCGCUCAAGAAGUCACUUGGCAACGUUACAAUGGCGUUCGCCGGUCCAAGUUCCUGGCCGACGAGCGUGAGUACGCAACCGACUGGGGUGCGCCGGCGCCGGCGCCGCCACCACUACCAGCACCACCGAAGCCGAAGCCUGCGGACAUGUGGACGGAGAUCACCAAGGACUUGGUACUGAAAGAGGCGAUUGAUGCGAUGGGUUACGACUACGAGGAGACUGAUUAUUUCUUCUACGUGAUGGAGUACUUGCGCUACGAGGAUGUCCUUCAACUGGUCGAGAUAUCGGACGAUAUUCGCCGUGAGCGCAGGCAACGCAUUCGAGAGAUUGAAUACGAGCGCAAGAAGCUUGAGGCUCCGCCGCCGAAGAAGGAAUACGACUACUACGAGCGCGAAAUCAUCUACGAGCGAGAGCGGGAGCGCGAUGACCGCCGCGGUCGGUACCGGUAA